AUGAAGAAAUACAUUAUAUUAUUCGUUCUAGGCCUUGCAUCAUACGCAGCAUUCUUUUUAUUGAAACAGAAUGAUUUUGACAACAAAAGCUACGAUGUUCGUAUCGUCAACGGUUUCAGCAACAACUCGUCCUUGCCACUGGUCAUCUGGUGCGGGGCAGACGACGGCAGCGACAUUGGCGGGCGGGCGCUGCAGGAGCGCGAUGACUAUAGCUGGAGCGUCACAACUGGAUUGUGGAAGACCCCACUGUAUGUUUGCACCAUGAAAUGCGAUGGAAAAAGGAAAACGUUUGAAGCAUUUCGGGUAAACCGCGACAGAUAUAGGUGUGGAAAUUAUAGGCAAUGCUUUUGGCUGGUCAAAGAAGAUGGGUUUUAUUUCAGUAAUGAUGAAAUAACAUGGAAAAAAGAUUUUUCAUGGAUGUGA